UUCUUUCCUUCCUUAUUGGGGAAAAAUAAAAAAGAAAAAAAAAGAUAUGGUACAACAACCGAGAGCUCGCUAGUCGUCGUCCUCGAAACGCUCGCGGCGACUCCGGUGGCUGCCGCGCCGCCGCCUCCGGCCGCCGUACCAGCCUCACCUCGCUUCGAUGGAGGAUGGAGUGUCUACUUAUACUGUUGAUGAGGCUCUUAUUUCCAUGGGGUUUGGGAAAUUUCAAGCAUUUGUGCUUGCGUACUCCGGAAUGGCCAAGAUAUCUGAGGCAAUGGAAAUGAUGCUUUUGUCAUUUGUUGGACAGUCGGUUCAAGCUGAAUGGGAGCUUUCUGCGCAGGCAGAAUCUCUCAUCACAAGUGUUGUUUUUGUAGGUAUGCUUGUAGGAGCAUAUUCUUGGGGCAUAGUCUCAGACAACUAUGGGAGAAGGGUUGGGUUCAAUUUCACAGCCCUUGUAACUGGUGGGGCUGGUCUUCUUAGUGCAUUUGCACCAAAUUACCUUUCUUUGAUCGUGCUGAGGUUUAUGGUUGGUGUUGGACUGGGUGGUGGACCAGUUUUAUCUUCCUGGUUUUUGGAAUUCAUUCCUGCUCCUAACCGAGGAACUUGGAUGGUUAUUUUCUCAGCAUUUUGGACCAUUGGCACAAUAAUGGAAGCUUCACUAGCUUGGGCUGUAAUGCCAAGUUUGGGCUGGAGGUGGCUGCUAGCGUUCUCAUCGUUGCCAUCAUUUGCUCUACUACUGUUCUAUCCACUGACACUGGAAUCACCAAGAUACUUAUGCAUGAAGGGCAGAACUGCUGAUGCGGUGCAGGUUUUGGAAACAAUGGCACGAUUAAACCGUGUAGCUCUCCCUUCUGGCCAUCUUAUGUCUGGCCAUCGAAUGGAGCUCCAUGAGUUGACAGAUUCCUCAGAGACAUCACAGUUGCUUUCUGCUAAGAAAACCAACCCUGCUGCUCAUUCUAGCAAAACCGAGAUUGGGGGCCGCAAUGCGAUUUUAAAGCUUCUGUCCCCAAAUUUAAUUAGAUCUAGUCUUCUUCUUUGGACUGUCUUUCUUGGUCAUGCCUUCUUAUACUACGGUCUUGUUCUACUAACCUCGGAAUUGAGUCAUGGAAAUAAGAUUUGUGGAUCAGAGGGGAUAGUAACAAUGCAAACAAACCACUCAAACGAUGCUAAUCUGUACAGAAACGUGUUCAUCACUAGCUUUGGAGAGGUUCCUGGCCUUAUACUAUCUGCGGCAAUAGUGGACAAGAUUGGGCGCAAACUCUCAAUGUCCUCUAUGCUUUAUAUCAGUUGCCUGUGCAUAGCUCCCCUUAUGGUCCCUCAAACAGAGUCCCUGACAACUAUCUUCCUGUUCGGUGCACGCAUUUGCAUCUCCGCAAGCUUCAUUGUCUUGCACAUCUAUGCUCCUGAGAUAUACCCAACCGCAGUCAGGGCUACCGGAGUCGGGUUUGCGAGCUCAAUCGCUCGUUUCGGUGGGAUCUUGUGCCCUCUUGUGGCCGUUGGUUUGGUGCACGCGUGCCAUCAGACUGCAGCCAUCCUGAUAUUCAUCACGGUGAUGCUCGUCUCAGGUGUUGCAGUCUCAUACUUUCCCCUGGAAACAAGCGGCCGGAAAUUGAGUGACCACAUCGCGGCGUAAGAGCUAAGUUGCGAGCAGAAUCUGACAGUGUUGCAAGUGCUAGUUUCUUUAGCUAUACAAAAUUACAGGAUUGAGCUCCUAGAGGCCAUUCAGAUUUUUUUUUUCUUUCAGUUCGUUUAAAGAUCAUAUAUAUAGAAUAGAAAUGAAAGAUGGUGGAUUUCAGAUUUUAAAUGUCAUUACAUUGUUUUAACCAGACAUAUGUAAACUGCCAAAUCGAGAUGCUUGCUUUGCUCUCUUGAAAUGGGAUGAUCAAUAUGUUUUGAAGGAA